GUGUUGAAAUCGUCUCAACCCCGGUCACCUCUGUGUCCGACAGUGAGGCUGUCAUGUACCGAUCCCUGACAACCGGCGGGCAGCGUGGGGCCUCUGCCCUUCGCAGGUUACUCAGCACUCUGGUUAUUGCUGAACAUGACACCCAACAGGUGACCCCAAUUACCCUCAGUGCAAUAUCUGCUGCACAGAAACUAGGAGGUGAUGUGGCCUGUCUGGUGGCCGGCAAUAACUGCUCUAAGGUAGCAGAAGAACUUGCAAAGGUGCAGGGUGUCUCCAAACUGUUCGUAGCGCAGCAUGAUGUGUACAAGGGGUUCCUGCCAGAGGAGUUGACCCCACUGGUUGUGGAAGCCCAGAAGCAAUUUGCUUUCACACACAUCAUUGCUGGAGCAUCAGCCUUUGGAAAGAAUUUGUUGCCCAGAGUAGCAGCAAAGCUUGAUGUGGCUCCUGUAUCAGAUGUCAUAGAAAUUAAGUCUCCAGAUACAUUUGUGAGGACAAUCUAUGCUGGGAAUGCCUUGUGUACUGUAAAAUGUGACGAGGCUGUGAAGGUGUUCACGGUAAGAGGGACAUCCUUUGAAGUGGCUCCAUCUUCAGGAGGAAGUGCCACUUUAGAGACGGUCUCCCCCGCUGCACCGGUCGGGCUGUCGGAAUGGCUUCAGCAAAGUCUGACCAAAAGUGACCGCCCAGAACUGACAAGUGCCAAAGUCGUCGUCUCUGGAGGUCGAGGGUUGAAGAGUGGUGACAACUUCAAACUAUUAUACGACUUGGCGGAUCAGCUGCACGCUGCAGUUGGUGCGUCUCGUGCCGCUGUGGAUGCUGGCUUUGUCCCCAAUGAUAUGCAAGUUGGGCAGACAGGAAAAAUUGUUGCUCCAGAGCUUUAUAUUGCCGUUGGGAUCUCUGGGGCCAUUCAGCAUCUGGCUGGGAUGAAAGAUAGCAAGACCAUUGUAGCUAUUAACAAGGAUCCUGAGGCUCCAAUCUUCCAAGUGGCAGACUAUGGUUUGGUAGCAGACUUAUUUAAGGCGGUUCCAGAAAUGACUGAAAUUCUUAAGAAAAAAUAGUUGACAUCCUGCUGAUGUAGGGGAAAACUCUUACUUCUACAAAAAAUAAUUUUAUUAAUUGCAGAACGGAGUUUGAAAAAUGUAUCUGAAAAACCGAAAGCCUAGAGAAUAAUACAGGUACUCACUCAGGUCAUGAAAUGUAUUUUUUACCACCAAUGUAUCAUAAUAGUUUAAUAAAAGUCUGAUACUUUGCA